AUGGCGACUCCUCCCGUGGCCGUCGUCUGUGUCGGCAUGGCUGGCUCCGGGAAGACGACAUUUAUGCAAAGAAUCAACUCGCAUCUCCACUCCCAGAAAACAGUCCCCUACGUGCUGAAUCUAGACCCCGCUGUCCAUUCGGUCCCGUUCGAGAGUAACAUUGACAUCCGGGAUUCGAUCAAUUACAAGGAAGUCAUGAAGCAGUAUAAUCUGGGCCCCAACGGUGGCAUUCUGACCUCCCUGAAUCUAUUCGCUACCAAGGUCGAUCAGAUCAUCUCCCUGCUGGAAAGACGCACCGCAUCGAACCCCAGCAAUCCCUCCUCGAAGCCUAUCGAGCACAUCUUGGUCGAUACCCCGGGACAGAUCGAAGUCUUUGUGUGGAGUGCAUCGGGCAGUAUAUUGCUCGAAACACUGGCGUCCUCUUUUCCCACUGUGAUCGCAUACGUUAUCGAUACCCCUCGCACCAGUUCGACGAGCACCUUUAUGAGUAACAUGCUUUAUGCCUGCAGUAUUCUAUACAAGACAAAACUGCCCAUGAUCCUGGUUUUUAACAAGACGGAUGUUCAGGAUGCUGAGUUUGCGAAGGAGUGGAUGACGGACUUUGAUGCCUUCCAGCAGGCGCUACGGCAGGAAGAGGAUACGGGCGCAUUCGGCACGGAGGGCAGCGCUGGUGGGUUCGGAUCCGGAAGUGGAUAUAUGGGCUCUCUUCUGAACAGCAUGAGCUUAAUGCUAGAGGAGUUUUACCGACACUUGAGUGUCGUGGGAGUGAGCUCCAUGACCGGUGACGGCAUUGACGAGUUCUUCAAGGCGGUCGAGAAAAAGCGUCAAGAAUUUGAGCGCGACUACAAACCUGAGUUAGAUCGCAAGAGGCAGGAGCGCGAGGAAACCAAGUCGGCUCAGCGUGAAAUAGAGUUGGGAAAGCUAAUGAAGGACAUGAGCGUUUCCGGUUCCGGUUCCGGUACCAGCCAGCGCCGAGAGAAUGAGGCCGAGACUGUCAGCGACGCUGAGGAAGAGGAAGCUGCUGCUGUUGCCAGGAGGGGAGGUGGCUAUGAAGAAUCUGGUGAAGACGACAGCGACGAUGAUGAGGCUAAUAUGCCUCCUACGGCCGACAAUGAUGGGCUCUCUCAACGGUACAAAGACGCGCUUGCGGAUUCACGAACUGCACAAUCUGACCAAGAUCUGAGUUUCGCCCGGUACCUGAAGGCAACUGAGCUCAAUCGAUAA